AUGCUUCACCCUACUGUUGCCGUUCAACUUUUGAUAUUCACGACUUUGGGCUUCAAUGUGCCUGCCCUUGCUGCCCCAGUUCAUUUGGAUAAAUCUUUGACCGGGCGUGGUGGUACCCAAGUUCUCGGGUACACCGCUGGCACGAAUACGUUCAGUGCACUUACCAAGCCCAACACAGACCUACAGCCGGAGCAUCAGGGGCUUGGCCACUACUACGCAAACGGCGCCAAUCCUACAAUUCUCCUGGAAGAUAGAACCAGCCCCAUUGAUAAUACGGUGUUGAAGGCCCCCCGUUCUGAUAAUGAUCUUCUGAGACCAAUCAGAGAACCUCCUGUGAAAAUCAAACCCUUUGUGGAACUCCCAAAGGGGCCAAUCCCAUCCGCAGAAAAGGACACUAAAGACCUCUCUAUUCUUAUUGAUAAAAGUACAAGCUUCAUAAAUGGGGCUAACUUAGUAAGCGAUGCAAGCACCCAAAUAUUUGGCGCAAGCGCCACAAUACCUGACACAGGCAUUAUUGGGAAUUUUAAAGUUAAAGGCCUGUUCGGCGAAGCACAGUGA